AUGGUGAAAAGGAAAAGUUUUUGCAGACACUGGCAUUGGGCUGUCAGGAAUGUAAUAUCUAUCCAAAAGGACGCCGUACUUAUGAAAGUCUCUUAUAUCAUCGCUACGCGCAUAAGACGUUAUUCGAAACUCCUCUAUUUCUUCGAACCAGGAGGU